GUCAUAAAUAAAAAAGAUAGAAUUUCAGAACAGAAACUGACAGAAACAUGGUGGCAGUUCAGUGAGAAGGUGAUAUUUUCGGCUAGUCUUUAAAUUUUUCGAGGCUUAUUUCGCAAGAGUGUUUGAAACAAAUUGUAAACACCAUACCAAUAAGCUUCAACCAAAUUAAGAAUGACGUCUGAAGAAUCCCAAAUCUCGGAGGAAUUGAAGGGAUGUUACGAGAAUCUUAUUGUAAUCGACAUUGGCGCAAACCUGACGAACAAGAAAUACGGCCGUGAUCUCGAUUCUGUAGUACAAAGGGCAAAAGAUGCAGGUGUCCAGAAAAUAAUGGUCACAGGCACAUCAGUGAGAAACAGUAAAGAAGCCCUCCGACUGACUCGCCUCUAUCCUGGCACCAUAUACUCCACAGCAGGUGUCCAUCCACACGAUGCAAAGUCAAUGGUGGACGAGGAUAUGUGGAUGGAGCUGCGGCAGACCGCGAGCGCGCCCGAAUGCGUGGCGAUAGGCGAGUGCGGACUCAACUACAGCAAGGACUUCUCCGAACCGCACGUACAGAGGGACACGUUCAAACGACAGGUGGAAAUGGCAUGCGAACUAAGGAAACCUCUAUUUGUGCACGAGAAAGAAGCCCAAGACGAUCUUCUAAAAAUACUGGACGAGUUUGGAAACCGGUUGCCUGCGGUUGUUAUUCAUUCAUUCACAGGAUCAGUGGAGCAAGGGCUCAAGUAUAUCGAGAAAGGCUUCUACCUCGGCAUCACUGGGUACAUAUGCAAGGACAAGUCGGAUGGAGGCAUCAGAAGACUGUUGUCAGAGAGUAUACUGCCUCUGGAUAAACUGCUGGUAGAAACUGAUUCGCCGUUUAUGUAUCCAAAUAUGAGAGCUUCGAAACUGCCAUUGCAUGUUAAGGACUCGUUAACGGAGAGGUCGAUGAACUUCGUGAACCGCUACUGCACGUUCCAACGCAACGAGCCGUGCGCCCUGCCCGCCAUCGUGGAGCUGAUCGCCGGCUUCCUGGGCCGCAGCCCCGAGGAUGUCGCGCUCGCCACCGCCUUCAACGCGCUCAAGAUCUUCGGAUUGAGUCAGUAAGCCAAAUAGUCACGCCGCCACUAUGAAACUGGACUAGGCUGGUCAAUUAAUAACUUUUCACACGUUCCGGUCUUAAUUAGAGGACCGGUAAGGCUGUUUGACAUGUAACCACUUACCAUCAGGGUGGGACGUAUGCUUGUUUGUCACCUCAGUGGUAUAAAAAAAUCAGCGCGUGCCUACGAUACUGUAUAAAAUAAUACUACCCUGCCUCUUUCUGAGGUCAUCUCUUCUCCGGGAUUUAAAUGAUUUCGCCCAAGGAAUGUACCUUGUUAGGUACAAACGCACACAUUUGCACGUAUACAGUUGUCGUUUUUUUAUAAGUAGAUUGUUUUUGUAUGGUAUGUUUUUUGGGUGUGAUAUUGGCUUAAUUCACUUGAUAGAUGGGCAGCUUAAUAUACCGCUAAUUAACUGCUAUUUAUUAUAUACAUUUUUGCCAAAAUUCACACUGCAAUUUGGGGCAAUUUACAUACGCUUUAUUGUCCGCAAGCAUUGUAGACAUUUAUACAGGAUUAUUGUUAUCGGCCGUCUAUAGAAUAAACGUGUGUGCAUCCCUUUGGUUUAUGAUGUAGGAACGUGUGAAAAGAUAGUUAAAGAUAUAAAAUAUCACCUUGAAAUGGUGGAUCCCAGUCCAAGAUGGAUAGUGUUGGCUUUAAUUUUUUUUAUUCAACAUGGAGCUUUAUUUCCAUGUUAAUUAAUAUUCAAAGAAUCGUAAUUAAAUUAUUCAGCCUUAUUUAGCUUGUGCCUUAAGGUAAACGAUUACAAUAAGAUUAAUAAACGAUGGAAUGUAUAUUUACAAGGUAAUAUAAUAAUGUAUACGUCCAAAGGAUUCUUCAAACGUCAUCGAGAAACUUGAUUAGUCUAUUGUGUGACAUAUCGAAAUUUGAUAUACUCAGUUGACAUUGCAUUUCGGAACGAACAAUUACAUGACUGAAUUUAUAUGUUGUAUGAAGAGCCGAUGGCUAGUGUUGCCUGAUGAUAGUGGAUUGACGCUACAAACAAUCAAUUUGUCGAUGAUUAUUCGAGUUUCCGAUAUAAUCGACUAUAACUAUGAUCAUAUUGUAUCGAUUUUAGUUUGUAAUUGUUUCAUUUAAAAAAAAAAAAACUUAUUAUAUUAUCGAUUUAAUCGAUAGAUCAAUUGAAAUUUAUUGUUAUUAUAAAUUGUUAAUUAGGCAACACUAGUUAUGGAUUGCGGUAAGAAAUAAGGCCGCCAUGUUUAUAUGAUGUAGUGUUGGAAAUGUUUUUUAUUACGAGCAUUUAGAGUGCAAUAUUAUAUGUAGUCAUAACAACACUAUCACGUAACCAGCAGCGCUGAAAUAAAGAGGCUAUAAAAUUAAAUCAUAGAUGUAUUAUCUACUAAUGGGUAGACUAGCGUAAUGUGAACAUUUGUGCAUUCUCGUUGAUGAUGAUGAUGAUGACAUCGGACCUUACUGUCCACUGCUGAAUAUAAGCAUCACCCUCUGGGGUUUUUUUUUAUACAACUUAGAAUGGCAAACAAGCUGACGGCCCACCUGAUGGAAAGUGGUAACCGUCGCCUAUAGACAUGAGCAGUACCAUGGACAUAACAGAGUAUACUGUUUCGCCCACGAUACCCCCUAUGCGUUGCCAUUCCUGAGGACUCAGGCGUUAUUCCUCUGUACUCAGUAAAUUCACGCCAUAUCCCACCCUUCAAACCGAAACACAGCCAUGCAAACACAACUGCUUCACGGUUAAAACACGGUUUUACCAGUAGAUGCCACACAUGGCAGGCGGUUUGGCAACCGGAGUUGGACUUUGGUGAUGUUUGAAGAGGGAAGCUGCUCUCUAUUUCUCGACUAUUAAGUUUCCUUAAUCGUCUCUUAUUGAACCCACAGCAAUGAAAGAGGAUUUUUUAUUGCAUUCUUUCAUAUUUGUAUAGCAUACGUGAGCAUAAAUUAUAGGCAAUUAUCAUUAAUUUUAAAACUCAAUUUAUUAUUGGAAAUAAUAUUCCGUUAUGUUUACAAUUCAUAGGUUCACAGAGGCCCUUAAACGUUUACGUAAAUGGUCUCGCUUACUAUCUCGCUCUGACAUAUAUGUUAUUAUGUAUUUUUUACCUUCUCUACCGCCAAUUAGUAGAUAAUACAUCUAUGAUAAAAACUAACACCACUUUAGUGUCUUGCCAACGAAAUACGAUAGUUAUUAACGCCUCUCUAAAUUAUAGAUUCGUCCAAAACUAGAACUAAGUUGUCAAGACAUGGUUUCAGUCGGAUAUCUUGCCAGCCAUGUUUUAUGUAUUGCCCGAUUGUGUAUCGUGUUGAUUCGCGAUACGGUUGAUUUUGCAAAAUCAAUGACCGGUGUAUUUUUACAGUACGAGCGUACCUGAACGCUGGGAAUAGUUCGGAGUUUCUCAAACUUUAUAAAAACUCACAUUUGGGGUGGAGUAAUGUUUUUUUUUUUAUUAUAAUGGAUGUGCAUAAUAUAAGAGGCUUUAUGGCUGCUAUAAAUAAUGUAGAAUUUGAGAAACUCCGCUUUUAUAAUGCCAUUUGUGUGAAAAUCACUUCGAAGCAUAACUUUUUUAUGGAUGAUUACAUUACAUAUAUUUUUUUUUUGUUUCUUUGACGUUUUACGUUAGUUUAUUGUAGCUUUUAUGUCACUCGUGGUUCGCACGCCUGCAACGCGAUAUGGUGGCAAUAGUUCAUAAGUUAGUCGGUUGAUCUCUGAAUUUGCCAUUCUGACAAACAAACUUCAUAAUGCAUCAAUCACCAAUAAAAUGAGUGUCACUUUUUCCUUUUCCCCUUAUUAAUAAAAAUUAAAACAUAUCUAUUUUAAUUAUUGGUGUGUUUAAAUUUUAAAUUAAGAAUGUUUCGUUAAGAAACAAGACAUAUCACUACAAUAGCUAAAUUGGAGUUAACAGCCAUCAUUUAUAUGUCUAGCUGUGCAAUUGGCUUUUAUAUACUAAUUUUUUUUUUUUUUAUAAAUAAGGGAACACGUUAUUUGUGUUUGAUGUAUUAUUUUUUUUUGUUUAUUUGAAACUUGUUCGGAAAUCAUUUUAUAGUUUCUGAACAAGAUUUUGAAAAUACAAUUAUUGAGCGUUAUUACAUAUGAAUGUUAUGAUUUUGUAUUCGAUUCAUUAGUAAAACCAAUAAUUUUUAAAGUCCAUACAAAUUUAAGUUUCAUUUAUUAAUUAAAUGAUAGAAGCAAGCAAAACUUGUUAAUCACCUGGUGCCGUAUGACGUCACGGUUCCAGUUGGUGAACGAGUUCAAACUGUAAUCGACUUUAUACUAUACGUAAUAAGGCUCAAUAUCGUAUCGUUUCAUGUCUACACUCAUGUAGCCGGAACCAUUUGCCACCAUAUUUUUUUUUCGCACGGUGUUAGGUGUCUGUUAGUUGUUCCGCUCUGCGCAGGGCAUUCCUAUUCGAGUUAAUAAUAAAAUAUAAUGCCGUCGAAUAUAUUGUAAAUAACAAUAAUUAUUAAUGAGAAUGUUCUAUAUAAUAUAAUUAUGUUGAUGUAAAAUGCUAGUAGUCACAACGAAAUCAAAGACUGCGAGUAUUAAAAUGUAAUUUGACAUGUUAUUACAUUACUAUUAUUAUUAUUUUUUUUUUUUGUAAUAUUUUUUACGUAUUUAAUCGUUUAAUGUAUAGGAAGUCUUGUUAAUGAUUCCUUUAUUUUUUGACAAUCUCUUUGUUAAUAGAUUUAAGAUGCCGGACCUGACGACGUGUACUAGAAAAUGGUGUAAAUUUCAUAUAUAAGGUCUGGUGUAGGGAGUUAAUUGUUUGUUUGUUUAUAAGUGUACAAAAUCGGUUGUCCAGAUGUAUAUUUAUCCGAUUGUGUGCUAAUACACUAGCGAGCAAAAAAAUUACGACCUCUGUUUUGAAGUCGGUUGAAAAUAGUUUUUUUUUUUUUUUUGAUGGGUGACAAUGGUAUGGUUACCCCGUCUGCGCUAACGGGAUACGCUGGCGGAGCACAAAUGAAGGGUGAUAGAUGAGAAUGAAAACAGGCCAGUUAGCUCAUCAUGAUGAAUUCAACAGGAAUUAACCAUGAUAGUUUCCAGGGAGAACCGCGAGGAGGUCGACCUGGUUGGGUAUAUUGCUAGCAAUGGGAUUCUCAGUCUCCAUUACUAACAAUCCCUUUCCCCCCUGAAAAUAGUAUUGUAUGGUAAUUCUAGACAUCUAUUACUUUAUAUAAUUGAAUGAUUAAUUUAAAUAAUGUAUUUAAAUUGCCAGGAAAUAGUUGGUUUGAUUUUUUUGCUCGCCAGUAUAACAGACUAUUUCUUAUGCCAGACCUUUUUUUUUUACUAGUCUUACAGUUGGACACAAGGAAUGUGACUAAAUUAGCUGUUGCACUACAGAGUUGAAAAUAAUGAAUUUUUUGUAUGUAUUUUACAUUGAACUAAAAUUGCAUUUGUAUUUGUGUUAUCAAAGUAUAGCUUGAAAACUGUCAAGUCUCAUUUACAAUGUGUGAUUCGGAACCCUAGUUUAACCGAUUUCAACAUAAAUGGAAGUAGAUUGCCAGUUAUAAACAUGUAUUUGUACUUUAUGUGCAGUAUAGACUUCCGCAUGUGUGAAGUCGCGAGGCGAUUUUUUUUUUAAAUUUAAUUAACAUGCAAAGACAUUAAAAAAAUAUGGAUUUUUAGUACCACUUAAACCUCUUGGGCUUGUAUUUAUUAUAUUAUAUAUGUAAUAUCAUAAAAUUAUUCUGUCCGACCGUCAACUGUACUUUUGUAAGUAUAUUUUGUAUACUAUUUUCUAGUACGUUUUGUUAUAAAUAAAUAAUUGUAAUUAGAAAGGUCUAGCGCCGAUAUAACGUAGUGCCUUUCGACAAACGUCCUUGUGAUACGAUAUUUUCUAGAUUGUACAGAUUUAUUUCUUUCAAUAUACAAAUAAUAAUA